AUGCCUGCGCCGCGUACUGUUGAUCCUGAGCCAUUGAUUCUGGUUGAAUUCUUUGCUCCUUGGUGUGGUCAUUGUCAAGCAUUGAAACCUCAUUAUGAAGCUGCCGCAACUGAGCUUAAAUCAGAGAACAUCAAGUUGGCCAAGGUAGACUGUACCGUGGAAGAAGAUUUGUGCUCUGAACAAGAUGUUCGUGGUUACCCCACUUUGAAGGUGUUCCGUAAUGGUGUCGCAAAGGAAUACGGAGGUCCACGUAAAACAGAAGGUAUUAUCAGUUACAUGAAGAAGCAAGCCCUACCAGCCGUUUCAACAGUUACCGUUGACAGCUUGGCUGAUUUCAAGGCAAAGGACAAGGUUGUCAUCGUUUCUUUCCUUGCCGAUUCCGACAAGAAGGAUCUCGAGGCCUUCACCAAGGUGGCUGAGAAGCAUCGCGAUUCAUACUUGUUCGGACAUGCAAGCGCAGCCGAUGCAGCUAAAGCAGCUGGCGUUGAUGCACCCGCUGUCAUCGUUUACCGAAGCUUCGACGAACCUGAAGUGAAGUACACCGGCAAGAUCUCUGACUCGGAAGCUUUGGAGAAGUUCAUUAAACAAGAAAGUGUUCCAUUGAUCGACGAAGUCGGUCCCGACAACUUCAUGACUUACGCAGAAGCCGGCCUUCCUCUUGCAUACUACUUCACUGAUCCAGAAUACAAGGACAAGGAUGCUGAUAUCGAAAAGCUCAAAUCCAUCGCAAAGGAACACCGCGGCAAAUUGAACUUUGUCUGGAUUGAUGCUAUCAAAUUCGUCAACCAUGCCAAGGGUCUUAACCUCGACGGAGAAAACUGGCCAGCAUUUGCCAUUCAAGAUUUGCAAGCUUCUACAAAGUACCCAUUGCAAGACUUGGGCAAUGACGCUGAGAAAAGCGUUGGUGAUUUCGUGAGCCAGUUCGCAAAGGGCACUUUGAAGCCUUCCAUUAAAUCGCAACCUGUUCCCGAACAAGAUGGUCCCGUCUUUGUUUUGGUCGCCGACGAAUUCGACAAGGUGGUGUUGGAUGACAAGAAAGAUAUCUUUGUUGAAUUCUACGCUCCUUGGUGCGGACACUGCAAGAAAUUGGCACCUAUUUGGGAUAGCUUGGGUGAGGCUUACUCUUCUCACAAGGACAAAGUUGUGAUUGCAAAGAUGGACGCAACAGAAAACGACAUUCCUCCAAGCGGCGGCUUCUCCGUGGGAAGUUUCCCAACGAUCAAAUUCAAGAAAGCAGGAACCAAAGAAUUCAUCGAUUACGAAGGUGAACGUACUUUGGACGCAUUUGUUGAAUUCGUCGCUGAACACGGCAAGAACAAGGUCAAGGUUGAAUUGCCACCUGUGAACGAAACCACAGAGGAAGCCGCUGCUGAAAAGAAGGAAGAGCACGCUCCAAAGCACGAAGAAUUGUGAAAAAAGUUCUUUCCCUACUCACAUAUGUAUCAGAGAAUUCAAAACUUGCGUCUUUGCAUUCCGCUGUGUUCUUCUGCCCCUACUUUUUUGCCAUCUAUCAUCCUAGCACCUUCCU